UUGACUUACAUAUUACGGGAAGCCAUUUUUCUACAGCGGCCGCCUUUCAUCCGGUACACGCGGUCGGAGUCCGUCGUGACAAACGUCGUGUCGUUGAUAAAAGUAAAUUCCAGAUUUUCUACGCAGAUUAACCGGAUUCUGCGAUAUUGUGUAUGGUGUGAAAUUAACUAUAUUAGUGCGAGAAAAUGGCGCGAUACGGACAAAGACCUGAAAAUGCUCUGAAAAGAGCGAACGAAUUCAUCGAAGUAGGGAAGCCAGCUCGGGCAUUAGAUACUUUGCAAGAAGUCUUCCGAAAUAAAAAAUGGACUUACAACUGGUCAGAGUCCGUUUUGGAACCUAUAAUGUUCAAAUAUUUGGACCUAUGUGUGGAACUAAAAAAGUCACACAUAGCAAAGGAAGGCCUAUUUCAAUAUCGAAAUAUGUUCCAAUCUGUAAAUGUUGGAAGUUUAGAAAACGUUAUACGUGGAUAUUUACGCAUGGCAGAAGAGAAAACAAACCAAGCAAGAAAACAAAGUCAACAGGCUGUUAUAGAUAUAGAUGAUCUGGAUAAUUUAGCUACUCCUGAGAGUAUUUUAUUGUCUGCGGUCAGUGGGGAGGAUGCUCAAGAUAGGAGUGACCGUACAAUUUUAACACCUUGGGUGAAAUUUUUAUGGGAAUCAUACUGUCAGUGUUUGGAACUGUUGAGAACCAAUGCACAUGUGGAAACAUUGUAUCAUGAUAUUGCACGUAUGGCCUUCCAGUUUUGUCUUGAAUACAAUCGUAAGACUGAAUUUCGUAAGUUGUGUGAAAAGUUGAGGAAACACUUAGAAGAAAUUUGUAAAUUACCAGCACUAGUCUCUAAUGUUUCCAUGAACAGGGCUGAGACUCAGCAACUGAACUUGGAGACACGAUUGAAUCAACUUGAUUCUGCGAUUCAAAUGGAGCUAUGGCAAGAGGCUUUUAAGUCCUCCGAAGAUGUACAUGGUAUGAUGAACUUGUCUAAGAAGCUUCCAGUACCGAAAACUAUGGCUAAUUAUUACCAGAAAUUAGCUAUGGUGUUCUGGAAAGCAGGAAAUUACCUUUUCCAUGCAGCUGCGCUGUUUAAAUUGUUGCAACUUUCUCGUGAAAUGAAAAAGAAUAUGUCAUUGGAGGAACAGCAGAGAAUGGCCAACCGUGUUCUGCUGGCUACAUUAUCUAUUCCACUGCCAUCAGCUCAUCCAGAAUUCGAUCGUUUUAUUGAAACAGAUAAAAGUCCCUUGGAAAAGGCUCAAAAGCUAGCAACACUUUUAGGUCUUACUCAGCCACCGACAAGAGUCUCUUUGCUUAAAGAUAUUGUUCGUUUAAAUAUUGUAAAUUUAGCAUCUCCACAACUACAAGAAUUAUACUCAUGGCUGGAAGUUGAGUUUCAUCCUCUGGAGCUAUGUAAUCGAGUAGAUUCUGUUAUACAAACUUUGCAGACCGAUGAAAAUAGUCCUCUGAUUCAGUAUAUUCCAGCCUUGCAAGACGUAACGCUCGUUCGUUUGGUCCAUCAAAUAUCACAAGUUUAUCAAACCAUACAAUUCGCGAGGCUUCUAGAACUUGCCAAGUUUACUACGGAUUUCCAUCUGGAACGUCUCUUAGUUGACUGUGUAAGAUACAACGACAUGCAAAUAAGAAUUAAUCAUGGGAAGAAAUGUGUGCACUUCGGAGUGGAUCUGUCUGAGGCCCAGAGGGAAGAUCAUCCCGAUGGUCCGGUUCUACAAGCUAUGCCGUCUGAACAAAUUCGUUGUCAACUUGUAAAUAUGGCGACCGUGUUACAUAGAGCAAUUACCAUUAUUAAUCCAAAUAAAAAGAAAAUGGAACGUGAAAAGUUGCGUUCUGCCAUGGUCGGGCAUUACCAUGAAACUAAACUGAAAGAACAUCAAAGGAUUCUAGGGAGACACAAGAUUAUAGAGGAAAGGAAAGAGUACAUAGAACACAUCAACACAGUUCGGGAAGAAGAGGAGAUGCGUAGGCAGGAAGAAUUGCAGAGGCAACAAAUGUUAGCCGAGCAGAAGAGACUAGAGCAAGAGAGGGAGGAGCGUGAAAGGAAACGGCAGCAAAGCGAAAUUCAACAAAUCAAGGACCGCCAUCUCAAAGAGAAAAUGCAACAGAUUUCUCAAACUAGUCAUGGCCAGAAAGUACUCAAGAAACUGGACGAAGACGAGAUCAAGAAGUUAGACGCAGAACAAAUUGCGGCCCGCGAAGCUGAAGAGUUACAGAAAGAGCGCAGGGAGAUGCAACAGAAGUUGAAAUCCCAAGAAAAGAAGAUCGACUACUUGGAACGUGCCAAACGUUUGGAAGAAAUACCAUUACUGGAGAAAGCAGUGGUGGAGAAGAUGGAGCAAGCGAAACAACGCUGGGAGCAACAAGAAGCGGAGAGGAUCGCCGCAGCUAUCGAGGAGAGACAGCAGGCUGUCGCAACCAGAGAACGCAUGGCCAGAAUGAAAGAGGAUCACGAUAUCUUCCUGUCGAAGAUUCUGGCCGAACGUAAGAGUAUUUACCUCGAGAAGCUCAAGGAAUUCGAAAAGGUCCUGAACGAAGAAAGGGCCAGUAGACUAUUGAAACGCAAGAUCGAACGUAAAGCCGAACGCAAAGCGAGGUGGGAGCACGAACGCGCUGAGUCUUUGGAGAGAAGACGCCAAGAGGAACUGCGUGUCAAACAGGAAGAGGAGAAGCGGCGAAUGGAGGAGGAGAGAGCGAAGAGGGAGGAAGAGGAAAGACUAAAACGAGCGGAAGAAGAAGCAAGGGAGGCGGAACGUUUAGCUAAGAUUGAGAAACAAGCUGAGAUUACUAGAGCCAGGGAAGCGGAAGUCGAACGAAAGAUGGAAGAGGAGAGACAGAGGGAAAGAGAAAUGAGCGAUACAUGGAGACGCCAACGCGCGCCAGAGAAACCAGUGGAAGUAAUGUCAUGGCGUCGCAACAUCGAGGCGAAAGAAGACGGUAAUAAAGAAGAGUUCAGUCAUUGGAAGAGACGCGGCGAGACAACGGAUAAUAAAUGGCGGAAGGAGGAGCUGGACAAACCGAAAAAAGAGAAUACUGAGAAAUGGCGACGAGAAGAUUACGAGAAAGAUGAUCGCAUCAGGGAUGUUCGUCCAAUGCGUGAUAUUACACGUGAUUCGAUGGCGGACGGACCACGUGCCCGUGGCAGAAUGCCCGACCGUCGUGGGCCACCCGGUGGCGGUGGUGGUGUCGGUGGUGGUGGCGGUGGUGUUGGCGGUGGCGGCGGCCAUCGUCGCGAGGAACCAUUGCGUAGUACCACUCAGAAUUGGCGCGAUAAAAGCGACUUGAUACAAAAUUCUCCUCGAGAUCCACCUAGACGCGUUGAAAAGCGAGAUGAUCCGAAAGAUGAUAAACUCCCACCGAAACACGACGAAAGAAGACGACCACCAGAGGACGACGGUUGGUCGCAAGUCAGCAGCCGACGUUAACAUGGAACCUCGGAGCUACCUAUAGAAACAACGUUUUACUAUUCUUCAAGAACAGUGCAUAAUACGCAGUUAGACUUUUGCCUGGAACUACACGGCGCGCUCAACUUGACUGUUUUGUGCACCGCUGCGUUUCUUCUCCGACAUAAUCGUAAUAAUUCAAAGAAAGCACAAAGACGAUCGAUCGUAAGCCAAUUCAGAGACACGACCAUCGCUUUGGACGGAAAACGAAAGGGAGGCCGGACGAAGGGGAAUGUGAACUAAACAGAGGACAAACGAACAGCGAUGAAAUUGAGUUUCUAUGAUUUUUCUAAAAGGAACAACAACAACAACCCGGCUACGCAUGAAUCCAUUUUAAAUUGACAAACACACACUGCUGCGUCACGUGCAUUAGACUUGUCAAGAAACGAGAACGCCCGGGGCAGUUAUACAGAAUUACUUUAUAUGUCGCAACUGUAUGUGAAGUAUGAAUCAAUGUACAGAGCAGAAAAGAUAGUGGACUGUAACGAGUGCAGAAGAAUUGAAUUGGCUAGGUAUUAACUAAUGGCAGGGGUGAAAAGUCUCAAAACAUCAAUAAAGUUCUCUUGUAUCCUAA